AUGAAAAGAGUUUUGCAAGCUCUAUCAGAAUUUAAACAGAUUUACUUGAAUAAUACAUCUAAUCAUGACUUUAAUUCUCCUAAACGUCAAAAUAAUGAAUCUAUUUUAGAUAAGGAUAGUAAAUCUGAUAUAGAUAAAGAAAUUCAGAUAGACACACCUAGAGAUCAAUAUAAAGAAAUGAAAGAGAAUAAAGUUGAAGAAUGUGGACAAAGUGUAUUUUUAUAUUCAAAUAGUGAUGCAUAUGCAGGUGAAUGGUUUAAUUGCAAACGAAAUGGUUGGGGUGUUUUACUUAAAUAUACAGGUCAAAGAUUUGAAGGGACGUGGAUUAAUGAUGAGAGACAUGGAUAUGGAAUGCAGACUAUUGGAAGUGCAAUAAAAUAUAUUGGACAAUUUUCACAUAAUGAUCGUCAUGGAGUUGGUAUUAUAUUUCAUCACAGUGGUUUAUUAUAUACAAGUGAAUGGAUGAAUGGUGAACUUGUUAAACGUCGUUUAUUAUUUGAUGGAUGGAAAGAUGAAAUUAAAAGAAUUCUUAAUAUUCAAAGUGGUGAAUCUAUGAAUUCUAUAAAAAGUAUAAAUAAUAUAAAUUGUAACUUUGGAGUUGGAAAUAACUCAAUAUUAGCUACAUCUAGUUCAGUUAAGUCAUUCUCAAGUUCAAGUAGUAGUCAUUCAAUAGGAGAUACAGCUUUGGGUGGUCCUUUAGUUUUAUGGGGUAUUCCAUUAACUGUAUCACCAUGUAUGUUUCAUGGACUUAACUGUGAUAAAGAUAUACCUCCCCCUCCUUUUGAAGAAGAAUCUCCAGAGAAGGAAAUAUCAAAUUGUUAUGAUGACUUAACUCCAAUAGGUAAUGAUCCAACACUUAAAUCACCAACAUAUUAUUGUCCUAGUCAUUCUGCAGAAAUUUGCUUUGACUGGAAUGUUCUUCAGGUUGCAUAUUUUGUGAGUUGUCUUGGAUUACCAGAAUAUUGUUAUAUUUUUGUAAAACAUGAGGUUGAUGGUUUAACUUUACCAGAUAUACAUAUUGAAGAUUUUGAAGAUAUGGGGAUAAAAAACAAAUGUCAUGCAAAAUAUUUGAAUUUGUCCUUUUCUCUAUUAUUAAAAUUAAGAUUAAGAUGUAUUCGUAGAUUAUCAUUUUCACCUCAGAGGCUUAUAGAUGAUGAAUAUUUGAAGACAUUUGAGAUUCCUGCAAACGAAUUGAGAUUACAUUGCAGAAUUGGGGAAGGUGGAUAUGGAAGAGUAUAUAGAGGUACUUGGAUUACUAGAGGUAUAACUGUUGCUGUUAAAGCUUUUAGAAAAAGAGAUAAGGUUACAUUAGCUCGCGAAUUUUAUUCAGAACUAUCUGUUGUAUCAAGAUUACGACAUCCAAAUGUAACUUUGUUUCUUGGUGUUGUAAUGUCACCAUUAUACUGUUUAGUUACAGAAUUAGUACCUUGUGGUUCAUUAUUUGAUUUACUACAUAUUAAGGGUAUUUCAAUGACAUCUACUCAUGUUUUGAGGAUAGCAAGAGAAAUCUGUUGUGGUAUGGCAUAUUUACAUGAACAUGGAGUGUUACAUUGUGACUUGAAAAGCAGUAAUGUUUUGCUUUCAAAUAAUUGUGAUGUUAAAAUUGGUGAUUUUGGAUUAGCUACAUUAAUGGAAUCUCCCUUAGAAACUACAAAAAUGCUAGGAUGUAUUGGUACACAUCAUUGGAUGGCUCCUGAGGUAUUAAGAGGAGAAGGAUUUACUAAAGCAGCAGAUGUAUAUAGUUUUGGUAUGAUACUUUGGGAGAUGCUCACAAGGAAAAUACCACAUGAAGAACUAUCUGUUACCCAUAUUAUAGCAGCUGUUGGGUAUGGUAAUAGACGUCCUUUAAUUUCUAAUAAUAUACCAAACGCAUUAAGGACAAUUAUACUUAAAACUUGGCAUACAAAUGUAGAUCAGAGACCAAGUUUUCGGCAUCUUGCUAAUGUAUUUGAACAUUUAUAUCAAACUAGUAUUUUGGAUAUUGAAGAGAAUCUUUUAACUUUUUUUGGUCAGUAA